ACUACAUAUUAAGAUUUUGUUUCACAGGGGGCAACACCGUAACAUUAACUUUUCUGAGGUUAUCAUUCCGAGUCAUUUCUAUUAGUUGCCAUUCAUAACAUUUGACUACCUUUUAGCAGAAAUCCUGGAUUUCCCUUAAAAUAUCUUCGAUUGACGGUCUGGACCUAACUAUCUGCAGCCUCUGUGAAACACGUAUAGUCAAACAUGAGCAGCAUGCUGGAAGCCCAGGCAGGCCGGGUGGUGGAGCUGGAAGAUUGGGAGCAACGCUGGCAGGAAGAGAAAAUUGGCUUUCAUCAGCCCCAUAUACACAAGAUGUUGGAGAGUAAUAUUGACAAAGUUCUGGCAGGACGAACCGGAGUUCGCUUCUUUUUUCCACUGUGUGGAAAAGCUGUAGAUAUGAAGUGGCUCGCAGAUAUGGGGCAUUCAGUGGUUGGAGUGGAGAUAUGUGAAAAAGCCAUUCAGCAGUUCUUCAAGGAAAGCGACUUGACCUACAGUGAAGAGCCUGUCCCAGCUAUACCUGGAGCAAAAGUCUACAAGAGCUUAGAGAAAAACAUCUCAUUGUAUAAGUGUGACUUGUACAACUUCUCCAGUUCUAUUGAGGGAAAAUUUGGAGCCAUUUGGGACAGGGGAUCACUAGUUGCCAUCAACCCAAGAGACAGAGAAAAAUACUCGGCUCUCAUAAUUUCUCUGAUGGCCAACGACUGCAGAUACCUUUUGUCAACAUUAAUGUACAAUCCUGACCUUUAUAAAGGUCCCCCAUUUGUUGUGCCUGGUGAGCAAGUAUAUUCGCUUUUUGAAGAAAAGUGCAACAUAGAUCAGCUUUUGUCAGAGGAUGUCAUCACCGACAGACACCGUGCUUGGGGCAUCGACUACCUGAUCGAGCAACUGUACCUCAUCACUCCAAAGAUCAUUUGAAAGUAGCUAUCAAUGAUGACAGAAUAUAUUGUAUUCUAGAUUGGAAGAGCUAUUCAACAAAUAAACCUCAGUGUCAUAUUGAAUAA